AUGGAGCGACGUGUCACUCGCUCUGCAGCGCACACUGCUUUGGCCGGGGAUAUCAGCCCGGCCCAAGGACCAAGCACUAAGGAGCCCCAAUCAAAGGGAGCCAAAGCCAGCAAACCUGUUAGCGUCAGGACUGCCACUGUCACACAUGCUGGUCCCAAGUCGUCCCUGAAGAAGACGCGGGCGGUGACAAUUCCGAAGCCACUGGGUUCAGACGAACUACCUCAUAAUCUUGGAUCUCUGCCAGUUCCAACAGCUACCAAAGAAAUCUCAAUUGCUGGCUCUGACAAGGAAAAUAACCCUAUCAAGCAAGAAAAUGUCGAAAAGUUUGCUGUUGAGCUCCAAGACACUGUGGACAGGGCGACGACCAAAAUCGAAGAUAGCAAACCUCAGACCACUCCUACCCGGAAACCCAAGAAGAAUACUUAUGGUCUGACACCUGGAACCUCUCCCUUUUCCGAAUGGAAUCAACCAAGUGCAGAAGAAUGUGAAGAAGUCAAUCGCCUACUAUCCACCAUCCACGGCGAAAUCAAGGCUCCAACCACUAUCCCAGAACCCUCCUUAACAGUAACAGGCUGCGGCGAAGUCCCUUCAGUCCUAGACGCACUCAUCCGCACUCUGCUAAGCGGCGCAACAACAGGCGCCAACUCAGCUAGAGCCUUCAAUGGACUCGUACAGCGCUUCGGCAUCCUCACAGAAGGAAUCGGCAAAGGAAGCGUGAACUGGGAGGCCGUACGACAAGCCACAGUGAAAGACGUCUUUGAAGCAAUCAAAAGCGGCGGACUAGCCGAUAUAAAAAGCAAAAACCUAAAGGGAAUCCUGGACAUAGUCCACGAAGACAACCAAACACGCCGAAACGACCUCCUAAACAAACCCAAACCAGAAAACGAAACCGAAAAUGAAAAAUCCUACGAAAAAGCCUGCGCGGACCAAAACGUCCUCUCUCUCAACCACAUGCACACAUUGACCUCGGAGCAAGCAAUGACAGAACUAGUCAGAUACCCAGGCAUCGGACCCAAAACAGCAGCCUGCGUCAUCCUCUUCUGUCUACAGAGACCCUGCUUCGCGGUCGACACGCACAUCUUCAGACUUACCAAAUGGCUCGGCUGGGUCCCUCCGCGCGCGAAUGAAGUCACGGCGUUUAGUCACCUUGAAGUUCGGAUCCCUGAUCAUCUCAAGUACUCGCUUCAUCAGCUUCUCAUUCGGCAUGGGAAGAAUUGUUCGCGGUGUCGGGCUAUUACUGGUUCUUCUAGUGCUGGUUGGGAGGAUGGGUGUGUUAUUGAUCAUCUUGUUGCAAGGACCGGGAAACGGAAGGGGGCUGUUGGUGUUGCUGUUAAGGGGAAGACGAAUGGUAAGGCGAAGGUCAAUGGCAAGGGCAAUAGACAGACGACUGGGAAGCGGAAGAAGCAGGAAUCUGAGGAUGAGGAGAGUGAGAGUCUAAGUGAUAUUGACAGUGAACUUUCUGGUUUGAGUGAUGAUUGA